UCGUUUAGGGUGGGUUAGGAUUUGGAUUGCUGAUGGAGUUGUUCGCCCGGGCGAAGGUGGUGCGGCUGCGGAGCCACCACGACAAGUUCCUGGUGGCGGAGGAGGAGGGGGAGCACGUCAGCCAGGAGCGCGACGGCAGCGCGCGCGGCGCUCGGUGGACGGUGGAGCGCGUGGACGGCGCCCCCCACGCGCUCCGUCUCCGCAGUUGCCACGGCCGCUACCUUACCGCCACCGACGAACACUUCCUCCUCGGCGUCACCGGCAAGAAGGUCCGCCUGACCCUGCCUCCCCGCCUCGACUCCUCCCUCGAGUGGGAGCCCCUCCGCGAGGGCGUCCAGGUCAAGCUCAAGACCCGCUACGGCAACUUCCUCCGCGGCAACGGCGGCCUCCCCCCCUGGCGCAACUCCGUCACCCACGACGUCCCCCACCGCUCCUCCACCCAGGACUGGAUUCUUUGGGACGUCCACGUCGUCGAGAUCCUGCCCGAUCCGCCACCGUCCUCCUCCUCGACCUCGCCGUCGUCGUCCCCCAGAUUGUCCAAUCUCGAGUCGUCCUCUUCUUUCUCCUCCCCACUGCAUAAGGUGGAAGGCCGCAGCAUCUACUACACUGUUGCAGAUGAUGAUGGAAAUGUGGAUGACAGUAUCGAGUGGCCUCAUUUGACCUUUAACGGGACGAGCGUGCCUGAGGUGACAGAGAAGCUGAAGGAGGAAACAGACCUCGAUGAUAUAAUUGUGUGUACGAAGAACCCAUUGAAUCAGCACCUGAUUCCUCUUCACCUGCACUUGCCACCAAACAACACCACAAUGCGGCUCGUGGUGGUAGAUGCCAAUUCAAAAGCGGCAAAGAAGUUCAACAUUUAAAGGAUGAAACAUGAACAGUGCUGAAGAUAAGCACACAUUCUGCAGGUUAAUCCCAUUGCCAUUCAUCAGUAGAAGCAUUCUGAAUCCAAUUUCCACUUGUUCUUGUUGAGCUGGAAUAGAUGGUGUUAUUGGUGGUCUGUCGAUAUCCUGAUGCAGAGCAACGUUGUGUAUACCUGGAUGAGGGGUGUUUCAGUUGUAUUUGUUGAAAAAGUGUGAAGAUAAAACCUCUCUUUUUUCUAACCUGUAGUCUUCUUCAACUUGGUGUAAACAUUCAAGAGAAUAUUUGUAUCCUUGCAGGAUUCUAAUAUGAUCUAAGAAUUUUCUUAGA